AUAAUCAGCUGGUCAUUUCUGGGAUUAGGAUAUAAUUUUUAAAAAUAACGGCUAAUAACUGCCGGCACAAGUCAUGCACGAGUAGGUAUAUAGUAUAAAGUUCUUUUAUCGGAUAUAUACCUUUGUUUUUACGUACAAUUAUUAGCCAAUCGACGUUUUCUUUUCUCACUAUGGCCUUUGGUAUGGCUGACUUUCAAACAAUACAAUUAGAGUCUGAAGAAGGCAUAUUUGAAUGUGUAGUUAGUGCAAAGGAAUACCUAGACAUUGAAAAUGGUGGUAAGUACUAAAGGGAUUGAUUAUAAAUGGUUAUUGAAAUUCUUAACAUAUUUUAAUAAUUCAAUUUUAGAUAAUGAGUUGGCUAAUAGAGUGUUGCAGAGAGAAAUUGAGAGGAAGAACAGACUGGCUGCUUUUAGGUAUUUAAAGGACCAGGCAAGUGCGGACUUGGCGAUGUGUAGUGUGGGUGAUAAAGGAAACGCUUCAACAGUCCCAGAAAAAUCGGGCUCUUCUGAAACUGAUGCUACUACUGAAAGUAUUCCAGAUGAAUGUUCUUCGCUUUCCAAUAGGUGGUCAGAUAGUGAAAUCAAAUUAUUAUUAGAAAAUUAUCGUAAUAAUAUUGUUAAAUUAAAGGAUAAAAAAUUCCGUUCAAAAAGCAUUUAUAGUGAAAUAGCUAAAAAUUUUCCCCGAUUUACUGAGGCACAAGUUGAAACUAAAUUAAAAAAUCUAAAAAAAACAUAUAAAGUAAUUUUGGAUAACAGUAAGUCUACAGGAAGGGGGAAAAUCACUUGGUCUCACUUUGAUCAAAUGCACGACAUUUUUGGUUCCGAUCCUGAAAAUAAACCUAUCUCAAUAGCCUCCAGUAGCUCUGGUUUUAAAAUAUGUAAAAAACGAGAAAAUAAUUCUGAAGAUACUGAUGAUGAAACCGAACUAAUGGAGACACCGAAAAGGAAAAAAACGAAGACAGAGAGCACAGAACCUGAGUGGUUUAAUAAAUUUAGGGAAGAAAUGAAAGAGCGUCAUAAUGAAAGGAUGGCACUGGAAACACAAUUUUUGACGCUCUUCAAAGCAAUGGUAGAUAAAAAUUGAUUAUUUUUAUUU